CCGGCGUACGCCGUAAGUGGGUUGACGGAGUCGGCACUGGAUAAAUAGCGUUUGUCGGUUAACCAAAUUGACACAAUGAAAGUGGACUGCCAGCACCGUAUACAAAAUAAACGCCUCAGUAUACAACGCAAGGCAACAGCCACUCCCAGAUGUCUGUAAUGCCUUAUUGUAGCUGCUUGCUCCAUCUACAGUACACCAAGGCAGUGACAAACCGGAGCGUCCCGGGGCCGUAACGAGUGCACCCAUUGUUAUUUUUUAGCGGCUAUUACACAUUGGCCGAUUGUUGGCUACCAUAAUAGCUUGCUAAUCAACUUUAACUGUGUGUAUCAACGAGCAAAUGUGGUUGAUAGUUGAUUAGAAACUAUACAAAGUGAAGAAAAUGAACAGUCGACUGCAAGAGAUUCGCGAGAAACAAAAACGUAGACGCGAGCUUUUAGCUCAACAGUUGGGAGCUGAAAGUGCAGACAGCAUCGGAGCUGUCCUAAACAGCAAAGAUGAACUAAAAGAAAUCGAGGAGACAAGAGAGACAUGCAGGGCUUCAUUUGACAGUUUAGCCGUACCUUCCAAAAGGAAGGCCCUGACGGAGGGAGAGGACACAGAGGAAGAUGUUGAAGAACCAAAGGAUGAGCCGGAGGUGCAGCAGCCGGAUGAAAACAACCCGUAUGAAGAAGUGUACAAGGACUCUAGUACUUUCCUCAAGGGUACUCAGAGUUUGAACCCACACAAUGACUACUGUCAGCACUUUGUGGACACAGGGCACCGGCCCCAAAACUUCAUUAGAGAUGUUGGCCUGGCUGACCGGUUUGAAGAAUACCCAAAGCUUCGGGAGCUUAUCAGACUGAAGGACGAACUCAUCUCAACCACCAACACUCCUCCCAUGUACCUCCAGGCUGAACCGGAGAACUUUGACCUGCAGGAUUUGAAGUGCAAGUUUGAUGUGAUUCUGGUUGAGCCCCCCCUAGAGGAAUACUACAGAGAAUCAGGCACCAGCCACACUGAACAGUUCUGGAACUGGGAUGAUAUCAUGAAACUGGAAAUUGAGGAGAUAUCAGAUCUUCGUUCCUUUGUCUUUCUCUGGUGUGGCUCUGGUGAAGGCCUGGACAUGGGCAGAAUGUGUUUGAGGAAGUGGGGCUUUAGGCGGUGUGAGGACAUCUGUUGGAUCAAGACCAAUAAGAACAACCCAGGCAAAACCAAGGCGCUGGACCCGAAGGCAGUAUUCCAGAGGACCAAGGAACACUGCCUGAUGGGAAUCAAAGGAACAGUGCGCAGGAGCACUGACGGUGACUUCAUCCAUGCGAAUGUGGACAUUGACUUGAUCAUCACUGAGGAGCCUGAGAUGGGAAAUGUUGAGAAGCCUGUGGAGAUCUUCCAUAUCAUUGAGCAUUUCUGUUUGGGCCGCAGAAGGUUGCACCUGUUUGGACGAGACUCAACCAUCAAUGUUUGCUUUAAGUUUCUUAUUGCAUUUGUGCUUUUUUCUCUUUUUAGGCUGGCUGACUGUAGGUCCUACUUUGACAAACAGUAACUUUAACCCAGAGACCUACGCCUCACAUUUCGUCAAUGACAACCUAUCUGGCUGCACUGAGGAAAUAGAGAGGCUGCGACCUAAAUCUCCCCCUUCUAAGAUGAAGUCGGACCGUGGGGGCGGAGCAGCUAGAGGGGGACGUGGUGGGCCAAAUUCAGGAAGAGGCGGAGACAGGGGCCGUGAAAGAAACCGGCCAAAUUUCCGAGGAGACAGGGGAGGGUUCAGGGGUCGGGGAGGGCCACAUAGGGGCUUUCCUCCUCGCUAGAGCGAAUAAUUAACCAGACUUAUGGUGGGAAUCCCUAUGUGCAUAGAGUCCUGACCUUUUUUUAUUGGCCAACACUGACGAUGACCACAUUGAUGAUUGAUGAUCACACUGGUUCCCUCGAUAUAAAGCAAAGAGGGAUUUUUUUCAUUGGAUUUUGGCAAGAUAAUCUUCGCAAAUCAAGACCACCUUUAAAACAUUAACAUUUGUAAAGCAGGCUAUUUGAAGUUUGUUAUGGUUGGAAUGUGACAGCAGAGAAGUUGGCAAAUGUAAUCAAUGUUUUUUUAAUCUUUUUGUGUUUAUAUUUUCUUCAUGCAAACACUUAAGAUAAAAUGUGUGUUGCCUUUAUAAACAUUCUUUUCAAAUGUU